CAGGCAACCGGACUGCUGUGUUGCACCACAUGAGAAGGUGUGUGAGAGAGAGAUGGCAGUGCAUGCGUAAAGCCAGGAAAGAGAGCUCGAGCGACAGAACUUGCAUGUGCCCUCUCUCCCUCAGUCCAUGCCACCCCAGGGUGGGAAUGCUAAGACAGACAGGCGGUUUAUUUUUGGGUCAGUGACAGUGUGUCAAUGGCCGCAGAUGCGUCGCAAAGGAAGGCUCUGAGAUACCAGCAGACCGUGCUAUAUGGAGAGUACAGGGAGCAUCCUGGUGGGUCCCAGCGGAGAGAGGCCACUCGUCUUCUGAUGGAGAGACAGCGGAAAAAACAUGGACAUCAUCACCACCACCACCUCCACGGGCACCACCAUCACAGUCACCAUGGGCGCAGUCACAGCCGAAGUCGCCAUCACAGCCACCACCAUGAGGAGCUGGACAUAGGCGGCAUUCAUGACAGACAGGAGGAGGAGCAGGGCCACACGUCCUCGUUCAAGAAACGCCGAUCCUACUCCAAGUGCAGAGAUUGUGUGGCUCGAGUACAGAAGUUCCUCGUCUCUAAAUUGGGAGAAGACUGGAUCUUUCUGGUGUUGUUGGGUAUUACCAUGGCGUUAGUUAGCUGGACCAUGGAUUAUGCUAGUGCCAAGAGUCUACAAGCCUAUAAGUGGUUUUAUGGGGAGUUGAAGGGAAAUAUCCCACUGCAGUACCUGGUCUGGGUCUUCUAUCCCAUGGUGCUCAUCCUGUUUGCCUCCCUCUUCUGCCACCUGGUCGCUCCUCAGGCCAUUGGCUCUGGUAUUCCAGAGCUGAAAACCAUACUCAGAGGUGUUGUGCUGAAGGAGUAUUUGACACUCAAGGCAUUUAUUGCGAAGGUGGUGGGACUCACUGCUGGCCUGGGCAGCGGUAUGCCGGUUGGCAAAGAGGGUCCCUUUGUUCACAUAGCCAGUAUCUGUGCAGCUGUGCUCAGCAGGUUCAUGUCUUUCUUCUCUGGAGUCUAUCAGAGCCCAUAUUGUUAUACAGACAUCCUCACAGUGGGCUGUGCUGUGGGGGUUGGAUGCUGUUUUGGAACACCUCUAGGAGGUGUUUUGUUCAGCAUUGAAGUUACAUCAACAUAUUUUGCUGUGAGAAACUACUGGAGAGGCUACUUUGCCGCCACAUUCAGUGCGUUUAUUUUCAGAGUGCUGUCUGUGUUUAAUAAGGAUGCAGUCACCAUCACUGCUCUCUUCCGCACCAACUUCCGUAUGGAUUUUCCUUUCGACCUGCAGGAGCUCCCGGCGUUCGCCAUUAUUGGAAUUUCUUGUGGGUUCCUGGGAGCUUUCUUCGUUUACCUGAACCGCCAAGUUGUCCUGUUCAUGAGAAGACCUAACCUUUUCACACGAUUCCUUACAAAACACCGGCUGAUUUUCCCUGCAGUUGUGACCUUAGUGGUUACAACACUGACAUUCCCUCCAGGCUUUGGGCAGUUCAUGGCUGGAGAGCUGAUGCCCAGGGAGUGCAUCAACUCUCUGUUUGAUAACUUCACCUGGACUAAAAUUUGGGGUUCCUCCCUCCCUCCUGGUCUGGGUCGCUCUGCUGUUUGGUUUCACCCUGAUGUCAGCAUCUUUGUCAUUCUUAUUCUCUUCUUUAUCAUGAAGUUCUGGAUGUCUGCAGUUUCCACCACGAUGCCCAUCCCGUCUGGAGCUUUCAUGCCUGUCUUUGUAUUGGGUGCCGCAUUCGGUCGUUUAGUGGGUGAGAUCAUGGCUACUCUCUUUCCUCACGGUAUCCUGUUUGAUGGAAUACUGUACCGUAUCAUCCCUGGAGGGUACGCUGUCAUUGGUGCGGCGGCGUUGACAGGGGCCGUCACUCACACCGUUUCCACGGCAGUGAUCUGCUUUGAGCUGACCGGUCAGAUCUCUCACAUCCUUCCCAUGAUGGUCGCCGUCAUCCUGGCCAACAUGGUAGCGCAGGGUCUUCAACCGUCGCUGUACGACUCCAUCAUCCAGGUCAAGAAGCUGCCCUAUCUCCCCGAGCUGGGUUUCGGCCACAUAAGCCAGUAUAAUAUCUUUGUGGAGGACAUCAUGGUGAGGAAAGUGAAGUUUUUAUCCUCCCACUCUACAUACAGAGAAGUACUACAUUUGCUGGACUCGACCUCUUUAAAAACCUUCCCGCUGGUUGACUCAAAAGAAUCUAUGAUUCUAUUGGGCAGCAUUGAGAGGUCUGAGCUUCUCGCCCUCUGUGAUUGGUGGCUGUCAGCAGAGAGGCGGAUCCUAACACAAGGACAGAGCUCACAAGGUCAAGUGCCUUGUGCCAAAAUCAGCUGGGAAUCCUUUGCCUUUGUUGAUGAGGAAGAAGAGGAGAAUGAAGAUGAUAAGACGAUACCAGUUCAAGAGGAAAGAAAUGGUCCUGUGCCUCCACCCAAACCUUCAGAACCGUCCACCAAUCACACAUCCCCCGAUAAGGGUCCUUCCCAGCCUUUCGGGAGAAUUUUACGUAACUUCUUUUCAUCCUCUUCAGAACGACACACAGAAGGUCAGCCACAGGAGCCUUAUCCUCCACCUUUAACCGACACAAUGACACCAGAACAGAUUAAAGCCUGGGAGGAGACAGAGAUGGACAAACCUCUGGAUAUCGAUCAGAUCAGAAUAGAUCCCUCCCCCUUCCAGCUGGUGGAGAGAACAUCACUACAUAAGACUCAUACCCUGUUCUCUCUACUGGGCCUCAGUCAUGCCUAUGUAACGAAUACUGGAAAACUAGUGGGAGUCGUGGCACUCAAAGAGCUCCAAAAAGCCAUUGAGGGCUCCACGCGCAGUGGCGUGCGCUUGCGCCCCCCUUUAGCCAGUUUCCGUGACACCAUUCGUAAAGCUUCGAAGCGUCCCCAGGCCUCUUCCCCUCCGUCCUCGCCCAGCUCUACCACAGCUCCCUCCUCACCUCUGUCUGCACCUGUGGUCCCUCACGUCCAUUCCCCCAGCCCCCCGGCCCCAGUGAAGGAAGAGAAGGAGGAGAUGGAGGUGUGGAUCGAGGGCGUGAAACGAGAGGUGAUCGUGGGGAACAGCAGUAGCACGACGACGGGAAGCACUAGCGGCAGCGGGACAGGAAGUAGUGACAGUGAAACAGGAAGUCCAGAUAGUAGCCCAAGUCUACCGCCCUCCUCUCCUCCACCCCCCAUCCCUCUCUCCACCCUGCAGCCCGUCCAGGAGAACAAGGAAGGUGAAGAAAACGAGGACGAGGAGCCCCUUUAGAACAAGUAAAGUUUGUUUUUCGUUUAUUUGAGGUGUGAUCAGUGUACUUUUGUUCACUUUUAUUUUUAUAUAACAAUUUUGUGUUUUUUAUUCAUGUGCUCGUUUCAGAGGUUUGUUCUCCUUCUUUCUUUCCCCUGUUCUCUUACUUAUUCUCUUCCUCCUUUUUACCCUGUACAUAAUUUUAUUUUCCUUUUUUUCUUCCUCUUAUUUUUUUCCACUUAAGAGUAAAAGAAAAUUGAUAGAAUUUUUUUAGAGGAAGAAGAAAAAUAAAAAGAGAAAAAGUUCUUUACUUCUUCCUCUUCUUCUUCUUCCUCUAGAAUUUUCUCUAUAUUUUCUUUUCCUCUUUCUUCUUUUUUUCCCCUCAUUUUCUACUCACACUUCCCAUUUAUUUAUCUUUCUUCUAAAAGUUUCUGUAAAUAAAUGUAUUCUCUUCCACUACCGCUUGCUCCUCCUCUUCCUCUUUUUUCCUUUUCCUCUUAAAAAUUCUGUGAAUAUAUAUAUAUAUAUAUAUAUAUAUAUAAACUGCCCCAGUAGAAAUAUGUAUCAUGUAUCAUGAAACUAGUUAUUGAGAUUAUGGUCAAAUAGGUGCUCAUUUUUCUCCCCAAUAAUGACUCUUCAAAUAUAUCUUGUUUAUUAGUGGGAUUGUAAAAAAAAAUGGAUGGGGAAUUUUUAAACAUUAACUGAUUAUGUGAAAGAUUAUUUUAUACGAACACCAAAAUGAAUAUUUUCAUUAGUGACAAAUCUUGCUGAUAACGUUGAACCAGGUUUACAUGCGGCAGAUAUUAUUUCAGACCUCAUAAAAGCACUUGAAGUCUUCAUACACCUGGAUCAUUUCUUAUAAACCCUUUUAAGUCACAAAAAUUAAUUUGUAACGAAGAAUAUUUGCACUGCAUUGUGAAGUAGUUAAAAUAACUUAAAAACAAAACACAGCCAGCAGGUGGCACAUUGUGGACCUUUUCAGAAUCUGAACUUUCUUUUCAUCUAGAACAUAUUUUCCUCAUGCCCUUUUCCAGUUAUAAAUUUUUCACCGAUUUAAAAUUCACGGAGUGCACACUGUCCUCUCUUAAUGAAACCCUUCAUGUCCUGCUAUCAUCUAUCCAUCUUUUUUUCUGAAAACUCUCUCUCAGGUGUCUCUCAUGUCUUUAAAACCAAGGACUUGCUGUUUAUGAACAAUCAGUGUUGGUUCAUGUGAUCUGCUGUCUUCUUUUACAUGUUACGGUUAAUUUAAUGUGAUUUUAUAUCUGUUCAGUCUUUAUUUGCCUCCUUUUUUUGUUUGUGUGUUUGUUUUUGUCAUAUUUAUUAAUUUAUUUAUUAAUUCAUCUCUUUCCUUCUUGGCGUGAUGAGAUGUCGGCAGAAAAUGUUUGAUUUAUAAAGUAGUUAAUGCUGUUUUUGUCUCAUAUCUUUCAGGAAUUAAUAACGGUUCAAUAAACACUGAUAUUAAAAAACUUUUACGCCACAUACUUUUUAGAUUAGUCAACGAUGUGGAAUAAUAAAUGUUUUGAUUUUGUUAUUCAGUGAGAAGUGAUUAAGUGAGAAAGUAUCUGAAUAUACACUACCAAUCAAAAGUUUUUGAACAGUAGAUUUUUAAUGUUUUCAAAGAAGUCUCUUCUGCUCACCGAGACU